GGCACACAUGAGACACACGCUGUGCAGGCAGGGAAGUAUGAUAGGCUGCUUCACAAUGUCCUUGCACACAGGACACUGCAACUCCUGCUCCAUACUCUUCAUGUUGGACUGAAAAUGAGGAGGAGAACUCACAAAGUUCGCAUAACUCAUACACUUGUAUGCUGUGCUGUAAUCAAUGCAUUGCUCAACUUCCUCUGAUAAGACCUUCUCCUGCCCAUGGGCUCGGUCAUAUAAAGUCCUGAGAGAGAGAUAGCCAGCAUUUCUCAAAUUCUUCAUUCAGACACUCAAACGCGAGCAGCCAUGCCAUCCGAGCUAGAGACCGCCAUGGAGUCCCUCAUCAUGGUAUUCCACCGCUACGCCGGAAAAGAGGGUAAGAGCGGCACCCUGACCCGCCGUGAACUCCGAACCCUGAUGGAGAACGAGCUCUCCGGGUUUCUCAAGUCUCAGAAGGAUCCGACUACCAUAGACAGAAUUAUGAAGGACUUGGAUGCCAAUGGAGAUGGCGAGGUGAACUUUGAGGAGUUUGUGUCUUUGGUUGUGGGUUUGUCCAUCGCCUGUGAAGCGUGCUAUAGGAUGCAGUUAAAGAAGACAUCCAGCUGGAAAUGAAGAGGAAUAUGAUCCGUGCAGAUAAACUGCAAAGUCGAUCCCGUUGUCUAUUAAAAUAUCUGAUUGUUUUUUACUUUUCUUUUGAGUUUGUGUAUGUACUUCAGUAUCGAAUGAAAACCAUAAAAAUGACUUUCGCUGGCAGGUUAAAGUACAGUGGGUGUGUGUGUGUGACAGGUCUUAACGCUCUUUGGCCUACAGACAGCAUUCUGUGAGGUUUUAAUUGCUGAAACCAAAUAUGUUCAAACAUCUUUCUGUGCUAAACUUUAUAUUAAAAAUGUCUAUGCGGUUAUAACAAG